GGGCAAUACCUGAGAAAGUGAAGUGACGAAUAUAAUGGUGGUCUUUACCAUUGAAAGUUUCAAAAUUCUUCGAAGGAGGAUCGGACCCAAUUUCAGUUGACCAAUGAAGUAGGUGCUUCUUUGAAAAAAUGGAACAUGAAUCUUCAAGGAAUUGGUGGGUUUGAGCUCAAUUGGAUCUCGCUCUUAUGCUUUUAUAGGGCUGAUCUUUUGCAUGCAAACUAUUUGUUGAAAUUUCCAUGUGAAGAAAAAAGGUCUAAUUUUUUUUCAUUUUGUAGCCGAAAACAAUAACAAAAAGUUGUUUUUUUUAACUCGGGUUGUCGAGAAAAACUAGAGUGGUGCUGUUUAGUAAGAUGGUUGGGCCAUAUUUAAAAGCAUGGAAUACCAUGAUAAGUGACUGUAAUGGAGAUUUUAGACAAGAUUAUCAGGCUGUUGCAUCGAUUCUCAAGUCUUGUGCUGGACUAUCAGCUAUAAAAUGGGGGAGAGCUCUUCAUGGGAGUAUUGUUAGAAUAGGUCAUGUUUCUUGCCAUGCUGUGUCUAAGGCCCUGCUUAAUAUGUAUGCCAAAUGUGGAGCUCUAGAUGAAAGCAAGAAACUUUUUGGUGAAAUUGGUAGUUGUAAUGAUCGUGAUCCUAUUUUUUGGAACAUUCUCUUAUCUGGGUAUGCUGGGUCCAGAGUUUAUGAUGCUGAGACUUUGAGGUUAUUCAGGGAAAUGCAUGGUGCUAAUUAUCCGAAGCCUAGUUCUGUUACUGCUGCUAUUGUUCUUCCUGUUUGUGCUCGCUUAGGGGAUGUAUAUAUGGGUAGGAGUGUGAAUUGUUAUGCUAUUAAAUCUGGAUUGGAUACACAUACACUUGCUGGGAAUGCAUUGGUGUCGAUGUAUGCAAAAUGUGGACUAGUAUGCCAAGAUGCUUAUGCUGCUUUUGAUAGUAUUGAUGAAAAAGAUGUUGUUUCAUGGAAUGCGAUUAUUUCAGGGUUUGCAGAGAAUAAUUUGAUGGAGGAUGCAUUUAGAUUGUUUAGUUCGAUGCUAAAAGGUCAAAUAAAGCCAAAUUAUACUACCUUAGCUAAUAUUCUGCCUGUUUGUGCAUCUUUUGACGAGUAUAUUGCUUACUGGUUUGGGAAAGAGAUUCACGGUUAUGUGCUCCGGCAUAACGAGUUGUUAGCGGAUGUUUUUGUCUGGAAUGCUUUGGUAAGUUUCUAUUUAAGAGUUGGACGGGUAGAAGAAGCAGAAUUGCUGUUUCGAAGAAUGGAAUUGAGAGAUUUGGUUUCAUGGAAUGCUAUUAUUGCAGGAUAUGCAUCAAAUGGUGAAUGGUCAAAAGCUUUGGAAUUGUUUCAUGAAUUACUUACUCUAGACAUGAUUGAGCCAGAUUCUGUCACCCUUCUCUGCAUUAUUCCUGCCUGUGCACAGUCUAGAAACUUGCAUGUUGGUAAAAUGAUUCAUGGCUAUGUCCUUCGGCAUCCAUUAUUAUGUGAGGAUACAUCUGUCGGGAAUGCUCUAGUUAGUUUUUAUGCCAAGUGUGAUGACAUAGAAGGAGCAUACGAGACAUUUUUUAUGAUUUCUCGGAGGGACCUAAUAUCAUGGAAUUCUAUGCUUGAUGCCCUUGUUGAGAGUGGGUAUAAUACCUGGUUUCUGGAAUUAUUACGGUGGAUGCUUAGUGAAGGAACUACACCUGAUUCUGUUACAAUCUUAAGUGUUGUUCACUUUUGUGUUAAUGUUUUGAAAGAAGACAAGGUUAAAGAGGCCCAUAGCUACUCAAUUAGGCAUCGUCUUUUAGCAUCAAAAUUUGAUGUUGAACCUACCAUUGGAAAUGCAAUACUUGAUGCAUAUGCUAAAUGUGGUAACAUUGAGUACGCAUCUAAAGUUUUCCAGAGUUUAUCAGAGAACAGGAAUUUGGUCACUUUCAAAGCAAUAAUCUCAGGUUAUAUCAAUUGCGGGUUACUUGAUGAAGCAUAUAUAACUUUUAACAGGAUGCCUUCCUCAGAUCUCUCUGUUUGGAAUCUAAUGGUUAGAUUAUAUGCUGAAAAUGAUUGUUCUAGUCAAGCUCUUGGUCUUUUCCAUGAGCUACAAGCUCAUGGAAUAAAACCCGAUGCAGUGACUAUCAUGAGCCUCCUUCCAGCAUGUGCUGAAAUGGCUUCUGUGCAAUUGAUAAAGCAGUGCCACGGAUAUGCGAUCAGGUCUUGUUUUGGUGAUCUCCACUUGGAUGGAGCUCUGCAAGAUGUAUAUGCAAAAUGCGGCAGCAUAGGCUAUGCUUUUAAACUUUUUCAAUUAAUUCCAAAUAAGGAUCUGAUUAUAUUCACUGCCAUGAUUAGAGGAUAUGCCAUGCAUGGUAUGGGAAAGGAAGCUCUUGGGACUUUCUUUCAUAUGAUUGAAUUGGGUAUAAAGCCAGAUCAUGUUAUCAUCACCACUGUUUUAUCUGCAUGCAGUCAUGCUGGCCUUGUAGAUGAAGGAUUAAAUAUCUUUUAUUCUAUAGAGAAGGUCCAUGGAAUGAAGCUAACCAUGGAACAAUAUUCUUGUGUGGUGGAUCUUCUUGCUCGGGGAGGUCGAAUUGAUGAUGCAUUUUCUAUGGUCACUGGAAUGCCCAUUGAAGCUAAUGCAAAUAUAUGGGGGACGCUGUUAGGUGCCUGCAGGACCCAUCAUGAAGUGGAAUUGGGUCGUUUUGUAGCUGACCGUUUAUUUAAAAUUGAAGCAGAGAAUAUUGGGAACUAUGUAGUUUUGUCAAACCUGUAUGCAGCAGAUGCUAGAUGGGAUGGAGUCAUGGAAAUAAGGAAACUGAUGAGGACAAGAGAUCUUAAAAAGCCAGCAGGAUGCAGUUGGAUUGAAGUGGAGAGGAGAAAAAAUGUCUUUGUGGCUGGAGAUACUUCUCAUCCUCAUAGAAUUGAUAUUUACAGAAUAUUAAGUACCUUAAAUGGCCAAAUCAAAGAGCCAUUUCAAUUAAAUCAACUGUUAAACUUACAGCUUUCUGAAUGUUAGAUGUGAAAGCAAGUGGAGUUGCCUUGCAAAAGAUGUUACUAUAAUCGGAUAUAAAUUUUCGAAGGCAUAAGUCUGCUGCAUUGGGGUGUAGACACAAUCUCUCUACUUCAUGUUGAUUCAGUUGUUAAACAUGAUCCACUUCAAGUUAAUCGAUUGGAUGCAAUGUUUCCCAACUUCUGUGUCAGGAUCAUGGAAUGAGUUUCUGCUACAGUUUUGAUGAGGCCGCAGGAUCUAAUCUACAAGGGACCUCGUCACGCACACAAGCAUCAGUUAACACGACGUCCUUUACUUCGCAUGGAAAAAAGUUCUUCCAGUGGGAGGAUAUGCACUGUCAAAUUAGUGUUUGUCACUUGCUUGGGGGGAUGUUAAAGGAAACAAGGCGAGCAACUCUGGUUCAGUGUAACCAGGUUUAGACCGUGGUGAUGGAUGCAGUUUUGAUAAAAUGGUGGAAGGGGAGAACAUGAACGAAGGGGUUCCUGCAGGACUUGGAAGAAGACUGUGAUUACCCGAUGUUGUUGGCGAUGUACUAGGUUUGAAGUUAAGAGGGGGCUUCACUAUCUCUAGCUUGGGCCUUAGGUUCUGCCUUCUUUCAUGGAGUUUAGGUGUUGAUCUCUUUAUGCCUGCAAUCUUUGUUGCUGCUCCUGCUGUUCCUUCUGCUGCAUCACCCUCUGAUGAGCCUGUUAACCGCUGAACGACAUCACGAAAGGCCUUUGUGUCUGUUUGCACAAAUGUAGUAAUAGGUUUACCACCGACUGUGCUCUGGCUUGGCGGCUUCUCCAUUGAUGCUUAUCUCAAUGUACAAGCUUGCUCCCAAGUCAUUUAGGCUACGACCUGAAAAGGAAAGUGUUAAUCUCUCUCCCUUCCCAAUUUCUAUUGCUUCCUAUCAGUCUCAAAACCAUGAUUUUGACCAGCAUAAUUCAAAUUGAGUUCCUGUUUUAUCCGGCUCGGGACCCAAUGCAGAAGAUGGGUCAGAUACUAAGGUAAAAAGAAACCAUACCUCACAGAACAGGCCUCUGAUUCUUCAGUGAUGCAAGGCGGUGAAAAUCCAGCUACUUUCAGCAAGCAACCUUGGAGGAACAGGAUUAAGGAAUGGAAGAAGAGGCUGUCUGUAUGUAUAAAGUGAUGAAAGGGAAGGAGAGAAGCUGAAGGAGAUUAAAUACAAAUGUACAACAAAAAAAGAA